UCUACUUGAUUUUUACUAACCAAAACCAAGCAAUGGCUCAACUUCAUAAACUCGAGCUCCAAACCCCAAUAGCAUCAUCACCCCAUAAAUUCUUCGAUAUUUACCACAGCAAAGCCUACCUCAUGCCCUCAAUUUGCCCCGACAAGCUGCAAAGCGUUCAAGUGCUCGAAGGAGACGGAAAGAGCAUCGGCUCCGUUAGGCUCUGGACUUAUGUCAUGGGUGUUCCUGUGAUUGCUACGGACAAGAUCGUGGCACUGGACGAAGUGAAUAAGUCAAUCACGUUCGAGCUCAUUGACGGAGAGGUUACCAAGUACUUCAAAAGCUUCAAAGCGACACUCGAAGCUGGAGGUGUGAAUACAGUGAAAUGGAGUGUGGAAUAUGACAAGGUUAAUGAAGAUGUGCCUCAUCCACACUCUCAUCUUCAAUUUCUUGGGACCAUGGCCAAAGACAUUGAUGCUUACCUUCUCAAACAAAAAUAAAUUAAUUAAAUCUAGAAGGUCUUAUAUAAUUAUUGCUAGGUGUGAAAUCUGGGUGCUGUCUGUGAUUUGCUUGUCCAAGUUCAACUUGUUACAUUGUGUGCUAAUGUGUUUUUAUAAUACUAUGUGGGUUUACCAAUGUCA